UUUUUUUUUUUAGAUUCCAAAUCGUCCGCUCCUUUGCGCUUCUUGAGUCCACCACCUCCUCCUCCUCCUCCUCCUCCUCCUCGCCUCUCCUCUUGACUACAUCUCCUGCUGGAUGAUUUCAUUUUCUAAAGUCAUUAUCCCCUAGAAAGGUCAAAGCCCGUGCUUCUAGGAACGUUGAAUUACUCCGGGAUAAGCCGACUGUCACCGCGAGCGCACCCCGACCGCUCGCUCGCGCUCCCUCAAAGUUUCUCACUGGUGUAGAACCGUGCAUCGGAUUUGUCCGGAGCAGCCUUCCUCACCAAUCACUUUUACCUCUUUUUUGCGGAUCCCUGAGUGUGUACUAGUGAUUUUUUCUUCGUUUUUUUUUCUUUUUGAGUGCUGUUUUUUCCACUCUCUUGCAGAGUUCCUACUGAACCACGACAAACUGUGAAAUGAGUUUCUCUACAAUUUCAGCAGUUGAAAACCAUCCAGAUUCAAGUGGAGAAUGGGAAAUACUGAGUUAAACUUUGUCUGCUGUUUUAAACCCUGGUGUUUGGGGGUCGUUGAAGUGAUGCAGGUCCCCCGGUCAUCCCAGUGGAGGAGCCAGCUAAUGACAAGUGUUUUUGGCUGCUGAACACCUCCUACACCCCCACCCUCCACCCCACCGCCACCACUUCCACCACCACCCUCAUCCCUUCUCCCCUCCCUCCAUCACUGAUGGCUCUAUGGGGCGUCGUCAGCCUCAGCCUUCACUGCUGGGUGUGUUUACGGAUCGCUGUGACGGCAACAGCAGCGACAGCGAGCCUCCCCAAUGACAAACCCGGGGGACCACUGGACUGGCUCUUGUCUGAUAAAGGGCCCUUUCACCACUCUCCAGAGUACAUCGACUUUGUGGAGAAGAACCGGCAAGGCUUCUCCACCCGAUACAAGAUAUACAGGGAGUUUGGGAGAUGGAAAGUGAACAACCUGGCAGUGGAAAGACGAGAUUUCCUGGAGUCUCCUUUACCUCUGACUCCCGAGUUCAUCAGGAAUAUUCGACUCUUGGGCCGGCGGCCCACCACCCAGAUGAUAACUGACAAUCUCAUCAGGAAGUAUGGAACCCACUUCCUGUUGUCAGCAACAUUGGGAGGAGAAGAGGCCUUAACAAUAUUUGUGGACAAGAGGAAACUGAGUAAGAAAACAGAGGUGAGCGACUACUCGGGUAACUCCUCCACUGUGACUCUGGAAGCUCUGCACCAGCUGGCUGCCUCCUACUUCAUCGACAGGGAGAGCACUCUGCGGAAGCUACACCACAUCCAGAUUGCCUCCACUGCCAUCAAGGUGACAGAGACCCGCACAGGUCCUCUUGGAUGCAGCAAUUACGAUAACCUCGACUCUGUCAGCUCUGUGCUGGUUCAAAGCCCUGAAAACAAAGUUCAGCUGCAAGGCUUGCAAGUGAUCCUUCCAGACUACUUGAGAGAAAGUUUCGUGCAGGCUGCUCUCAGCUACAUAGCCUGCAAUGGAGAGGGUGACUUUGUCUGUCAUGGCAAUGACUGCUGGUGCAGCUGCGACCCAAAAUUCCCAGAGUGCAACUGCCCCUACAUGGACAUCCAAGCCAUGGAGGAGAGCCUGGAUAGGAUCACAGAGACAUGGGCGUUGCUCUAUAAAGAAUUUGAAGAAUCAGAUGAAUUCAAGGCCUUCUAUACAAGGCUGCCGCAGAACUAUUUCCUGAACGUGUCAACUAUACAACACUUGUGGUCCCUGGACAGCCUGUUUCAGUGGCGCUACGAACAGCUGGAGAACAGCAUGCGGCUCCUCUCCAGACGAGCCCAGAGAGUCAUCUUCAAGCUCUUCAGCCUCAGUAAAAGGUGUCACAGACAGCCCCAAGUCCGCAUACCCAGAGAACGGCCUCAGUCAUACUGGCUGAGUCACUUCCAGUCUCUCCUGUAUUGCUCUGAGAACAACCAGCUUGGUGCAUUCUCUGAGGAGCUCCACAGCUGUAGCUGCCGAUACGAACACAGCCCCUGUCAGCUGCCUCCACCCUGCUCCGUUGGCGAGGGCUCGGCCUGUGCGGCGUGUGCGCCAGACAACCACACUCGCUGUGGGAGCUGCAACCCAGGUUUUGCACUGUUGCAAGGUGCCUGUAGGCCAAUGGUGGCAGACUCAACGGAAAACUACCUUGGAUUCGAGACGGACCUCCAGGAUUUGGAGCUGGGAUACCUACUACAGAGAGCCGACCGCAGGCUGGAGGUUCAUGCAAUCUUCAUUAGCAACGACAUGCGACUCAACAGUUGGUUUGAUCCGUCAUGGAGAAAGCGAAUGCUGCUGACCCUGAAGAGUAAUAAGUAUAAGUCCAACAUGGUCCACAUGCUGCUGGGAAUAUCCCUUCAGAUCUGCCUUACAAAGAAUAGCACCUUGGAGCCUGUCCUCACUCUCUACAUCAACCCCUUUGGAGGGAGCCACUCAGAAAGUUGGUAUAUCCCUGCCAGUGAGAACGGCUUCCCAGACUGGCAGGCCACCAAGCUGGACCUCCCCUUUGAAUGUUAUAACUGGACUCUGACGCUAGGGAACAAGUGGAAGACGUUCUUUGAAACGAUUCACAUCUACCUUCGGAGCAGAAUAAAGACUCAGGAUGGAGUGAAUGACAGUGUUUAUUAUGAGCCUUUAGAAAUGACUGAUCCCGCUCGGAACCUGGGCUACAUGAAGAUCAACAGCAUCCAAGUGUUUGGUUACAGCAUGCACUUUGAUCCAGAGGCAAUUCGUGACCUGAUUCUGCAGCUGGAUUAUCCGUACACCCAAGGUUCGCAGGACACAGCCAUGCUGCAGCUCUUGGAAAUACGGGACCGGGUGAACCGGCUGUCCCCUCCUGGUCAACAGAGGUUGGACCUCUUUGCCUGUCUUCUCAGGCACAGACUCAAACUGACUGCCAGUGAAGUGGUUCGCAUCCACGCAUCCUUACAGGCCUUCACUUCACGUCUGCCCAAUUCUGUGGAUUACGAGACCACCAAGCUGUGCAGUUAACAGCUGCUCGGAGGGAGUGCUAGACUGAAAAUGACCACAAGGAAAAUUCUUGGACAUACGAGUUAUGCCCUUUGUGGUGCUUACAAUUUUUGUGCUUGGUCUCUAUGGAUUAACAGACUGUAGUUAAUCACGAGACGACCAGCUGUGGACAGCUGAAGAAUGUACUCAUCUGGUUGUUUUCCUUUUGUUUUGUGCCAAUUACCUUCAGUGCUAUAUUAUAAAGAAUGGGCCAGACCAAUGAGUUUUGAGAAAUUGCACAACAGUUUCUCGACAACAAACUCUUUAAACAAAAGAAUCCUACGGUAGAAGUACAGAUACAACUACAUAAAAUUGAGUCGCCCUGUUUCAAUAUGACUGCUCAUUUAUACUGUAAGUACCAAUGCCAAAUGAAUGGACAUUUUAUGGGGAAAAAAAUAAGGUACAGUCUGUUUGUUUGUAAUUUUUAUAUGUUCAUUUGCUUUAGUGACAGUGCACUUUCCAUGAAGACCAGAAUACAGUGGUGUCAGUUAAGAUUUUGUAGAUAAAUUGAUAUUAAAACAUCAUGUUAUAACAGAUUGCUGGUGUUUGAAACAUUUUUUAAAUGGAAGGUUUCA